UUUGGUUUUAAUUAUAUGCAUAAAUUAAGUUUCAGGCAGUAGAUUAUAAAAAGAGUUUCGGUUCGUCUGAUAAUUUACACUUUGACAAAAUGGCUGAAUCGGACAAAGAUCAGUUUGACGAUGAAGAUAUCGAAGACGAUUCACCACUGGAAAAGAGGAAAAAGAUAUUUUCAAAAGAAUUACGUUGUAUGAUGUAUGGAUUUGGCGAUGACCAAAACCCUUACACGGAAUCGGUCGAUCUUCUGGAAGACCUUGUUGUUGAAUACAUAACUGAAAUGACUAAAAAAGCUAUGGAAGUUGGACGUCCUGGUCGAAUUCAGGUUGAAGAUAUUAUAUUUUUGAUUCGGAAAGAUGCCAAAAAAUAUUCCCGUGUCAAAGAACUGCUAACAAUGAAUGAAGAAUUAAGAAAAGCCAGGAAGGCUUUUGAUGAAAUUAAAUAUGCGACGACGAAAUAACCUCAAAUCCAAACUGCUUUCGCUUGCAUCUCAUUCUUUGUAUUUGUCUUUUAUGUAAACAUUUUUUUCUUUUCCA